CACUGCUUUCGCCUGCUUUCAAAUGCAGUCGCGGGAACACUGAACCCAAUCGAUGCCCGGCGUCAUCGAUCAUCUCACUAGUACAACAACUGCACGGAUUCGCCCAAGGAGGGGUGAUUGCUGGCAGGAUGCAGAACAAUGUCGUGGAUGUCCUUCACUGUGAGGAGCUGCUGAAGUCCACACUACACUGCGAUGACAAGGAGAAGCUUCGCACAAAGUUGGCCCAGCUUCGUAGGGAAUAUCUCAAGACCGCCCAGAAACUAAAGCGCGCUGAACGACUGGAGGCUGUGCGGAAACAUGGGAAGGACGAUGUCCCUCAAAACGAGGCCCAAAGAGACCCAGAGGGGAUGUUGUCGAAACCCAGUCCUGCCCCUUCGUCAGUGCCACUGGAUACUGUCCAUGGAUUUGCUCCAUGUCCCGCAGACUCCAGCAGCAGCAAUCAUGUGAGCAGUAUUCCGCUUCCCGCGAACCUUGAACACCGCGAUGCCUCCAGUCCGGCCCUGCGCCUUCGGACGCGCCGCAGCCGCCUUCGCUGGCAGAUGCAGAGCGCCGACGUCUUGCAUAGCACAGACGAGAGCGACGGUCGAGGACGUUCUCAUGUGCCUGCGGAAGAAACGCCGAGGUUUGGGAAUGAACGGCAGCCGUCUCCACCGGAGUCGGGGUCGCCUUCUUUGCUGCUUUCGCACUGGAACUCUCAGGCACGCACUGACCCGGAAAUUGAGGAGGGGAAACAAAAAGUAGACAAAAAAACAGAGGUGUCAGAUGGACUAAAACAAAGCAGUCCUGUGGUACUCACAGAAAAAGGACCGACUGACGGAGGUCUACGUGACGAAACAAGACAAACAGGUGUGGAAAAACAGGAAGAGACAACGGAAGUAGAUGUGAAGAGCGAGAGCCUACUGGAUUCCUGCACCCUGGUGGAGGGACUACUUUUCCCUGCGGAGUACUACGUCCGCACCACCAGGCGCAUGACACUUUCCCAGAGCCAGCCCGACAUGCGAGCCGUCAUUCUCUGCCAGCUGAGCUCGGGAAGGAGGCCUCGCAGGGGCCGAGGCCAAAGAUCGAACUCCCAAGCGCGCCAAAUUCCCGCCGAGCUCAGCAGCAACAGUGAGCAUUCGGGCACAGCGUCCAUCGGUGAGGCCGUCACGCAGGCCUUUUCACCCCCUGUAGUCGCCGCUGCUCACCCCGGGAGGGGCCGAAAGAGGAGAAGAGGGCGUGGCAGGGGGAGCAAUCUGGUCCACAGAUGUUCCGCAUCACCAACUGUCACCCCAGCCUCACCUCAAGGUAGUGAUUCCUUGAAAUCAGUCAGCACGGCGUCUGAACACCAGCAAGCCACGCCCCCUGAGAUGCCUGGAUCUCAGAAGGUGUUUCCCAUCUUUAUGAAGAGCAGUCAGACUGUCACGCCCACUCCCACGCCCUCAGGUGCACAGAACUGGCGGUCCCUCCUCCUGCCCUCCCCCAGACUCUCCGCCAUGCCACUACUCUCUCUCUUCACGCCGCCGGUCAGCAGCCUGAUGAAGUUUGAACUCCACCAGGACUUCCACCUGCCCGAUGACCAGUUUGCUUCACUGAAGCUUAAGAAAUUGCGGCAGGCGGCCGUGGGAUCGGGAGUCGAAUCUUUUGCGUCGCCGUCCUACAACACACGUAGCGGUGUCUUGAGGCGCUGCGGCACGCAGGCGGAGCCUCUCGAGCUGCCGCUCAGCUUGACGCCGACACUUGUCCUAUCACCUCCGUGCGGUCAGUCACAACAAGUUGAGCCCACAAACACAGAUCCGGACUAUUCUGGUAGCUCACGUUCGGACGCGCAGCCAUCAUUGCAAGAGCAAACAGACUGUCUGUGUGGCGACCCCAGACUGGAGGCUCCUCCCACCUGUGAGGACAACCAAGGGGGCGUCGCCCCUGCGGGAGAAUGUCUCAAGCGGUCCCCAAAAGAAGUCAAAAAUAAGCACAGUGUCCAUUCUCAGCUGCACCUCAGCCCCCUUGGGGCCUCGGCCCCACCGCACCCGCACUCCUCCGCCCUUCCCUCCAGCCCGAUGCUACCCUCCCUCGGGGUAACCCCCCUUGCUGCGGUCGCCGCCCUGCCUCUUGCCUCCAACGCCCCUUCUCUGUCCCUUUCUGCCCCGCACAGCCCCUCCAGCCAGGCCUUCUCCCCGGCAACGCUGUCCCCCCACCCCAAAGCCGAGGAGGCGGGCCCUCACAUGGCCACCUCAACAACUGGUACCCAAAAGACAGAAGCGGUGGAGGACCAGAGGAGAUGCACCCUUAAGGCGCCCGCAGGAGGUCGUCUGGUGGACGCUUGCUGUCUGCUCGACUCUGACGGUCAGUUGUGCGUGGCCGCGGCAGGAAAGUGGGCGGUGUGUCUGUGGAGUCGGGAGGCGUCGUCGUCAUACGCUUGGACACUCCGACACACGUGGACCUUCAGCGAGCCUGUGAUCAAUGUAUUUCCUGUCCCGGACGCUUCCGGUCUGGUGUGCGUGACUCUCGGUCAGCUGGAGAUCAGAGAAGUCAGGGUGCUGUCGUGCCGCGGCCUCCAGACCGCCCUGCUGUGUGACGGCGGCAUCCAGGUGGUGGUGGGCGUGGCCCGGUCCAGGGUGGUGACCUCCGGGCACACGGCGACUGGUCCGACGCUGGAGGCGCUGACGCUCUCGCACGACGGCAGCGUGUCAGGCCGCCGCUUGCUGGGGUCGCCUGUUGUGUGCGUCGGGGCGCUGGCUCCCGUGGACGGACUCCCGGACGCUUUGAUCGGCACCGAUGAGGAAGGACGCCUCUUCGUCUGGAAUGUGAAGAGUGGACAUCUGUUGCAGACGUUGGACCUGAGUGGCACACUGUCACACACGUCGUGUCUCAGAGGAUACUCCUACGGCGGGGUGCUGUUGGUCCUGGUGCAGCAUCCGACUCUCAGCGCCCCGCAGCAGGAAGACGACAAGAGGCAGCGAGAAAAGUUCCUCAAAGAAGAAGACGCCAAGAAGUCGUCGCUCUUCUCCUUGGUGGCAGUCAACCCUCACAACGCUAAAAGCGUCCUGGCGGCCCGUCUGGACCCGCCCACAUCCUGGUCCGGAAGGCUGUGCGAGGCGGACGCCAGCGGCACGGCCGUGGCGGGCGUGAGCCAGAGCGGCUGCGUGUGCGUGUGGGGGCUGCGGGGGCCGCGGUGGGGCGCCGUGACGCUGGCGACCCCCGAGGGCGAGGGCUGGCAGCUGGCUCGCUGGGCGGAAGGCGGGUCCACGCUGGUGGCGGGCCACCAAAACGGAGACGUCACUUUGCACUUUGACCUCCCCGCCCAGGAAGGUUUUACCUGAUUUUAAGUUUCUGGAUGAAAUAUCUCAUCAGGACUUUUAAAAUCACACUUUUAUUACUCCUGUCUUUACUUGAACAUGUCAUGUUGGGAAAAAAAACUCAUGUUUGCAUUAAAAU